CGGAUCAGUUCCUCACGGUGAACCGGCCUGAGCGCUGCGUCUUGGCCGUCUUUCUUCGCGUCCCUUUCUCUCUCUCUCUCUCUCUCCUUUCUCUCUCGCGCGCGAGUACUCCUCGGAUUUCAUGCUCUAACGCAACGUUCGAGCGAUAGCAGUGAAAUACCUUCUCUCUUCCAUGUGGUAGAGAUAUCCGUACACGGCUCAUGUACCGCGGAUUCAAGUGCGAUCGAUAAGUUGGUUUUGACAAGCGCACGGACCUCGGGUGAGUCUGCGGAGCCACCCGCCAUAGCUCUUCUUCGUCUCCAGCAUCUUCUCUUGUGCGAGGAUCGGUGUCUCCUGUCUCUCUCUCACUCUCUCUGUGGAUAUUUUACUCGACGCGUGCCGCAGGAAAAGCAUCUCUCGCAAGGAACAAGACAUAGGAUGGGCCGAAUCGUGCAAAGAAGUGUCGUUCAACACUGAAGGGGAGGAGUAUCUUAAAAAAGCGAGAGAAGCAGGAGAGCGUGAAGAAUGCCUGCUUCAUCGCAAGCCGCCGCAACCGAGCGGCGAAACGAAAGGACGCUAACGCAAGAACCACCGAAAUUGAAAACUACAUUGAAAACACCUCCUAAGCAAGCAACGAAUCCUUUACAAUUCGUCAAGGUUGGACCAUGUUCGCUGUAUCGAACUGCGCAAGAGCAAUUGCAAAAGGUUCAAGAAGUAAAGAAGGUCAAACAGGAAGUCCGUGAUGAUCCAGAAGAUUGGCAAUCAAAUUUAGAUAACUGGAAAAGUAGCCGAAGGAAGCGGCAGGAACAUAUAAUAGAGCGAGUGGUGGAGGUGAAGAAACUCGAGUUAGAGGAACAUGACCGUCAGCGUCGUCGAAACAAAACGUUUUCGGAAAUGAUGGAAGAACGCGGUAAUAGAGGUCGCAAGCUAAGCAUCAGUCUGGCUAUGUACAACGAUGAAGACGCGAACGAUCUCAGCGACCUUGGAAUCGGUACCAGCAGCGGCAAGAGCUCGAUCAGCGGCGAUACGCAUGACGACACGCACAGUGUUCUGAGUGACCGGGAUAGCGAGAUCGAGAAGAGCCAUUCGGACGUGGAUUCAUCCACGAUACUAACAACGGCGACAACAAUCGCGACCACAUCAGGAAUAGCAACGAUCAUAUCGUCGACAACAGCGGUGACGACAGUGACGGAAGCCAUCACGGCGAUGCCGACGACGACUACGACAGUGACGUCGGCAACGUCCACUCCGACGAGGAAAGUAUUCAGUGAUGGUUUUCACGGCAGUCACAAUCAUAAUCAGGAGUAUGAUUCCGCUACUACCGCGACAUUGAGCUCACCCGAACCGGAAGAAUAUACGUACGAAGGCGCCAUUCGCGGUUACGUCUCGAGGGUGGCGCAAAAUAUACCGAGAAGGUCUUUAACCGGGAUCGAGUCCAAGCUAGAGGCGGCCAAGUCGUCGAUGAACGGUUCCAAGACGAGCUUGAACGACGACAGCAAUAAGUCACCGCUAUCGGUGGUAAAAGUGGAUAUACUCAAAAGACGCGAGGUGUUCGAGAAGGCGUCGCAGAAGAGCAAUGACAGUAAAACGAACAACAGGUUAUCCGGUGACUUUACUGGCACGAAGUCGAUCAAAGAAAGGCUGUCGAGUCUCGAGAGGCAAAAGUACGAGACCGAGAACAGCGACAAAACUACUAACAAGACGCUUAAUCGAUUGUCCGGCGAUAUGAGUUCGAUUCGGGAGAGGCUCACCCAUUUGGAGAAGCAAGCUUCGGAGCGAGAGAACAAGAGUUCCGUUCACCGCAAGCUUAGCACGGAAGAUCUGGAGACGGUGAGGCCACUUAGAGAAAGAUUAUCUACUCUAGAAAAAUACAGCAGCAGCGACGAGUCCUCGGUACCGACGAACGAGUCGCGCUCGCGUAACGGCGAGUUAACCACCAGGACGAUCAAGGAUCGCUUCAGCACAUUCAACGACACUGCUAGGAACAAGGACGCGACAGACAAACGUGGACCGGCGCAUGUCGGCAAACACCCGCUCUGUUUCCGAGAUCAGGAGAACAGAGUUGACACGUCAACGCCUAGCGAGAGAAGUUCGUCGCCGGAUUCUGAAUACCGUGUACCUCGUGCAGUCUUCCAUAGGAGCCUGGAUUCCUUGGACGCCGACGCGUCCAGCGGACCUGAUACCUUCGAACGUGUGCAGAGCCUCGAAGAGCUCGAUUACGGACGGCGAUAUCCUGCCUCAUCAUCAUCCGCGGAACUUUUGAAUGACACGGACCGUGAAGAUUCAGGGAUCCAUACCGCAGAUGUGAGCUGUUCGGUCAGCCAGGCGGACGAACCGAUCGACGAGGAGAUCAUGCAUCAUACUGGUAGUGCAACCGUCGAGCCAAGACGAGAAGUCAUUGUCGAGGAGAGGAUCAAGCUACUUCCAUCAUCUACUACUUCCACCAUCCAGGAAGACACGUCGUCUAGCAUGAUGGUUGAAGCAUCGAAUGAUACCACGCCGGCCACUCAUUCACAGUUUACCAGUCCCCGGGAGGCAGUAGCGGUGAACAAGGGUACUGCUGACAGCUCUGGAAAACUAUCGACUAACAAAUCACAGCCGCACGUAGAGAUCACUAUUAAUUCUAAUACAUCUCGCUCAUAUACCUCGGUGUCUCGCGCGGCCACUCAUCUGAGUUCCACGGUACCACCGCGAGAAAAAACUUCCGAAAGCUUCUCGAAAUUGCGGACAUUCGGGAAAGACGCGGCCGAGCUCAAGACAGAUUCCGAACCGAGUUUGAACGAGUCCAUAGUAUCGGCUAGUCUGAAACUUUCCAUCGAGCAAGCGAGACCGAAAUUCGUUGGCCAAAUAAAGCGGCAGAACCUCGUCAAGGAACACUCCUCCAACACUCUUCCGCCGUCCUCGGAUAUCAUUCUUAGCGCAGAAACUUAUCAAUUAUCCUUCCCCGCUGUCAGAACGACGACGAUUCCAGUCGGUCCCUCCCUCGAAGCCAAUCCUGCGCUUUCUAAACCCACGUCCUCCCGAACGAUAUCCAAGAUUCCCACCCCGCUUUCUCGCAAAAUUGUCAAGUCUUCACCUCCCGACUCUGUCUUGACCUCGUCCGUCCAAAGCUCGUCGCCUUCGAAGUCCAACACGAGUAACAAGUCCUCGACGAGUCAGAUUUUCAGCCCGAUUCGAAGAAUAUCUGAAACGGCGCUUCCUAUUUGCUCGACCGUCGUCGAAUCCUCUUCCUCGCCGACGUCCACGCAAUCGGACCUAACGGAGCAACUCGUGCUUCCUUCCUCCCCUUCGAGACUCAGCUCAGGAAACGCGCGACGCCACGAGGAGACGCUACUACCUGCGGACCGACGUCGAACCGUGGUGGAAGUGUGCGAAAAGGUGAUGGUACCUCAGGGCAAGACUUCUACGACGCCGUCGGUGACGCCGUUCAUCACGGUGAACCGGCCCAUAAACGCGGACAAGCAGGGUUCUGUGACCGAGGAACGGAUCGUUCUCGAGAAAACGGACCAAGAGGAGGCAGCUACCGUUGCGAAUCUCCCGGUAGCUUCAGUAGUCAAACACGAGCAGCACGAAACGACGGAGAUUACGACGAGUGUCGAAAUGCCUGUCACCACCGACUCUAUCGUCAAUGAAAAAUGUGUCGAUACUGAUAUGCACGAUAUAUCUGCUACUACAAUUGUCACGCCGACAGCCGAUCAUCCGUUGGAGCGACCAGCGAAUCUGGGUUUAGUCAAACAAGAAGCUAAUUUGAUCGACGCGUUGAACCCCGACCCAGCUUCACCGAUUUCCAAACAAAUAGUGCUACUUACUCUAUCUAAUGACGAGGAGAUAAUUGAUCAACCUUUUCUUCUGAGUCCACCAACGAGUGUGGAGCCACCAAAAGAAAAACCACCGCCACCUCCGGUAGAGGCUAGCGAUGAUGAGAAUCCUCCUCCAGAGCCGCUCAAAAGAUUAAACUCUACUCGCAGAAUAAAGAAAGAGUUGCGUACAAGACGAUCGGAUUUUCUCGGUAUUGAAGGGCAGGUCAACGACGAUGAUCUCGAGUCUGAGUUAACGUUGACGAAACCACCUGACAUGGCAGCGAUUCUCGCUGAAGAGAGACGCAUCGAACAACUUCAUCGUCGCUCCUACGAUACUGACAGUAACUAUGAACAAGAUUCGAGUCACGAGAGAGAUUCUGGAGUCGAACUGGGCCACGUCGAGGAUUGGGCGAAGCAGCCCGUCAGCCCCGACAUGUCACAGCACAGCAGACAGAGCAGCGAGCCUUUCGGCGCCAGUGUGACCUCCUCCGAAGAGGAUGAGAUCACGAAAAAAGAGCGAGAGAUCAUGGAGGUUCUCGAGAAAGAGGAACAGUGGCGAUACGGCGAUAAUCGCGAGUAUAAUAGUGACUUAGGGGAAAGGCUGGCUCACAAGUUGCGUGAACUCGAGGAAGAAAAGAUGCAGCUGGAGAGAGAGGCGAUACUGCGCUGCAACGAGGACGCGUUUCGCAAGAAGGACGACAACGCACGCAAGCAGGAAGAUACUUCCUCGCAUGAGCAACACGAUGAGACAGCGAAACAGCGGGAGACCCAGGCGCGAACGGAGGAGAAGGAGGAAGUAAAGUACGUUGGGGACAAGCGAAAGGACGGAGAGCUUAAGAUGCAGUCGGAACAGUUGAGAAUGCAGAACGAGAUCGAAGAGAAAGAACGAAGAGUCGCCGAUGCGUGUCGCAAGGAGGAAUUGCGCAUCCGAACGAUGGAAAGUCAAAUUCGCGAACAAGAGAACAAAGCAUUGGUCGGUGCUGGGUUGUGCAACAACGAAGAUGAAUUCCCUUCCGGGGAAGUGCUACGAGUAGAAAGGGAGCUUUUGCAAUUGGAGCAAGAAGAAUUAAAGAGACAGCGCAAUAAUUUGGCUUAUCGUGAGCAAAAACAACUUAGAUUGGCGGAACAGUUACAGGAGCAGUGGCAAUCCUUGCAAGACGUUGCACAAAAUUCUGUUAAGAAUACACAACAAUACAAGUAUCACACGCCUACCGUGAAUUACAGAUCUUCGAUGCCAAAUUUACAGUCAUUUCAAGAGCCAAGAAGAAGACCACCGCCACCACCGAUUCCAUUUACUAAACCACGUAUAUUAGAUCAAAGACAAAGAGACGUUACUAUCAGAAACAGCCGUAUACCGUCUGCGGACUCGAUCCCCCAACAAGUAGAUGCAUCGAUUCGAGAGAACGCAUCGGCGACGACACUUGCGAGUCACGCUGGUCAGCAAAUGUCCAGGCAAACCUUACAGGCGUUAAGCGCAGUACCGCGAUCACGAAUUGUCCAAGGUGAUCAAUGGGUUCAACGGAGAAAAAGUGACGUACCGAGAGGCGCUCACGAUGUAAACUACCAACAUUGGCUCAUUCAAGAGGCAGAACAAAGGAGGAUUAAUGAGAGAAAUCAACGAUCGCCAGCGCGGAAAUCUCAACCGCAUAUAACUGGCACCUCCGUACCAUAUAAUAAUGCUCCAGCUCGAACAGAUAGCAAACCGCUACCCGAUUCUAUCAUACAAACUCUAACGCAAAGAGUACAAAAUAAAACACAAGAGAAACCUCUUUUAACAAGAAGAAGAUCAGAGCAAGUUCAAGAACACUUAAACACUGUGCAACAUCAACCACCACAAUACGCAUUACAAUCUCAAAAAACACAACAUACUCCAAUCACGAGUAACAAUGGAAAUCAAGAAAAAAUGCUAAGUGUGAGUGGAAAGAAAAAAUGUUCUCACUGCGGAGAGGAAUUAGGUCGUGGUGCUGCAAUGAUAAUCGAAAGUCUACGAUUGUUUUAUCAUAUGGAGUGCUUCAAAUGUUGCGUAUGUCACGUACGUCUCGGCGAUGGAUUAAUGGGUACAGAUGUGCGUGUCCGAAAUCACAAGCUCCACUGCCAUAAUUGCUACUCCAGUGACGAUGGUGUCAAGUUCAGUUGUGUGUAGAAGCCUGGUGGUUAACGAAAAAAUGCCGAUUAUUCGAUUGUAAUGCUUUUCAGUUAAAUCGUAUGAUUUUUGAAACCUCAACCCAGUUCAAGUUACCCUUGCUUAAAAAUAUCAUUGGAAACAAACGACAUGCAUAUAAAUAAAUGUGCAUAAAUGUAAUGUUGACAACUGAGAUAAAAGAAUGAUACCAUUGUGUCCGCCGAUUAGAUAUGUAUACAUUUAUAUAUAUAUAUAUAUAAUCUAAUGUGUUUUUAUUUCAAAAUAUUGAGUUAUACUAUCUAUGCAACUGUUUCUAUCAACUAACAUAAAUCAUACGUGAAGGAUGUAUAUAAGAUGUAUUUAUGUAAUUAGUAUAAAAGUAAGAAAUAGUUAUUAAGGUUCAGUGUAAUUGGCGUUGAUUUAGCAACGCUGUAUAUUUUUGUAAUAUAUAAUUCUCGUAUUGUUUAUUUA